GCAGCAAAUGAAUGAGGGACAGGGAUGGGUUGGGAGGUGGCCAGUCCCCUCCAGCCCCUGGAGGGCACGGGGCAGGGGAGCUGGGCUGAGCCAGCAGGAGCCCAGGGAGCCCGGUCUCUGCCUUCCUAUCCUGGAGGAAGGAGGCAGCGGGGACAGCCGCUGCGGCAGCACUCGAGCCAGCUCCAGCCCGCAGCUCGCAGGGAGAUCCAGCUCCGUCCUGCCCGCAGCAGCCCAACCCUGCACACCCACCAUGGAUGUCUUCAAGAAGGGCUUCUCCAUCGCCAAGGAGGGCGUGGUGGGUGCGGUGGAGAAGACCAAGCAGGGGGUGACGGAAGCAGCUGAGAAGACCAAGGAGGGGGUCAUGUAUGUGGGAACCAAGACCAAGGAGAAUGUUGUACACAGCGUGACCUCAGUGGCCGAGAAGACCAAGGAGCAGGCCAACGCCGUGAGCGAGGCUGUGGUGAGCAGCGUCAACACUGUGGCCGCCAAGACCGUGGAGGAGGCGGAGAACAUCGCGGUCACCUCCGGGGUGGUGCGCAAGGAGGACUUGAAGCCAUCUGCCCCCCAACAGGAGGGUGAGGCAGCCAAAGAGAAAGAGGAAGUGGCAGAGGAGGCCCAGAGUGGGGGAGACUAGAGGGCUACAGGCCAGCGCCGACGCCCUGAGGAAUGCUCCUCUGCCUUGGACACCAUCCCUUCCUAGCACAAGGAGUGCCCGCCUUGAGUGACCUGCGGCUGCCCACGCUCCUGCCCUUGUCCCUGGCCACCCUUGGCCUGUCCACCUGUGCUGCUGCACCGACCUCACUGCCCUCCCUUGGCCCCGCCCGCCCUCUGGUCCUUCUGACCCCACAUAUGCUGCUGUGAGUUUUUUUUUUAAUGAUUCCAAAUAAAACUUGAGCCCACUCCUGC